AUGAAGAUCUCCACUGGCCUUUUUCUAUCGGCACUCCCUACGACUGGCGCUCUACUAUCCAUCAAAACUCUGAAGAACAAAUUUGGAACGACGGCUACGAUAGGAGCUUUGACUUUUGCCAUUGCGACUGACUCGGCGAUUGCAGGAGACGUGGGUCAAGGUCAAAAGAUUUUUAAUGCCAACUGCGCCGUUUGCCACCCGGGAGGUCGGAAUCUUAUCGUACCAGAAAAAUCCUUGGAGAAGGAAGCACUGGAACAGUAUAGAAGUGGGGGAAGAUCGGAAGAAUCUGUGAUGAAGCAAGUACGGAAUGGCCGAAACAGUAUGCCUGCCUUUGGAGGUCGUCUGGAUGAUGAAUCGAUCGCAGAUGUUGCUGCAUAUGUGAUCAAGUCUUCGGAGGAAGGAUGGAAUUGA